GUUCAACUGUCAUGAAAUGUUAUCUCAUCCAUCCGUAUUCCGUAUAAAAUUUUUAUUUGUUGGACGGAACGGAAUGUUAUAUUUUGCGAUUAUAUUUUUUAAUUGUUUGUAAUUAGGAGAAAAUGUUCUUAUAAAUUUAUUUGUUUGUGAAUUAUAUGCUAAUAUAGUACGGAGUUUUAUUGAAAUGGCUGGUUUUGGAGAUUAUUCUAGUUAUAAUAGGCCUUUUGGCUUAGAUCCUAAUAGAGAAACUAAUGAUAUAUACGAUACUCGCUAUCAACAGAUAUAUGGGUAUCACACGCCCGUCACUGAAGAGUACCAAGGACCUCCUCUGGUCAUGGAUGAUGUUCCAGAAGAAGAUAACAGCACCUAUGUGACUACGGCUAUUAGUGUUGCUAGUCUUAUAACUGAGAACUUAUUGAGUCAUCCAUUCAUUGUAUUACGUAGACAAUGUCAGGUCCAUAACAGUUUAAAAAACUACCAUAUAGUACCAUACACACUCCUACCAGUGGUGGUGAGACUGCAUAGAAGGCAAGAUUUCACCACACUGUGGAAGGGUAUUGGGUCCACUUGCAUUGUGAAGGGCCUUAACUUGGCUGUGGAAGAUGUGGUAGCUAAAGGGACAGGAUGGCCUAAGGAAAUCGGCAAAUGUGGAUCUGUAUUGCAGUUUCUUCAACAUAUGGCUUUAAAAUGUGUUAGUUUAGCCAUUAUAACACCAUUCUACUCUGCAAGUCUAGUUGAAACUGUUCAAAGUGACAUUGCCAGUGACAAACCUGCAUUACUGGAUGUGUUCCGAGAAGGCUUCGUCCGUAUUCUGGAGUGGGGGUCUCCCAGUCGAGGCAGGAUGUUGCCAAUAUGGGCUAUUGUGCUACCUACAGCUGCUCUCGGAAUUUCGAAGUAUCUGGCCCACAUAUCGCUUAGAGGCAUAACAGCAAAGAUCCUACGAUUCCAACAAAGGCACAAACAUGAAAUGAGUGACAGUUACAGCAUAAACUAUAGCAAAAGCUCACAGAACCCCCUUAUUGAGGACAUCAACUUGAAAGCUAAUAUAUUCUCCUUUGUUACAAUGGAAAUACUAUUUUAUCCAGUUGAGACUAUCAUUCACAGACUUCACAUACAGGGAACAAGAACAAUUAUAGACAAUUUAGACACUGGAACAUCAGUGACUCCCAUCCUAACUGGAUAUGAAGGUUUCAUGGACUGUUACAACACAACAGUGGCACGGGAAGGCAUUGGUGGACUUUAUAAAGGAUUUGGAGCAUUAGUGCUUCAACUUGCAGCUCAUCUAGCAAUCAUAAAACUUACUUCAUUGGUGGUUUCAGAAGUAUCAAAUCUGUUGAAGCCAGCCAAAUCUCCAACCAAUUCAGAUGAUUCUGUUCACUCACAACAAAAAUAUUUAUUUAAUUAAUGUUUUAUUGUAAGUGUAAAAUGAAAAUAAAAUUUACAGUUUUACUUCAGUUAAAAAUCAUCUAAGACAAUACUUUUUAUUUUGCUAGUUAAGUAAAAGUAACAUAUGAAUCUUUUCCUUAUGAACAGCUAAAAUCUCGCUAAAAAUAUUGUGUAUUUGAUAUUUGUUUUUGUUACUUUUGUAGGAAACAGUGAGCUAGAUUUUAAGAUAAAAAUAUGUAGAAAGAUAUCUGGAAAUAUAAAAAAGUAAGCUUCAAAUAAAAAUUGGUUUUGUUGUAUAA